AUGAACAGAAUGUUAGGAGCUGAUGAAAAAGGUAGUACUGUUAUUCUUAUUACUGAUGGAAGGAACACUGUACCAGGAGAAGAUGUGAAAGAUGUUUUAAGUCUAGUUUCCAAUACAAAGAUUAAGAUUAACACUAUAUCACUGGGCGAUGCAGCAGAUGAUCUGGAGCACUUAGCUUGGACAACAGGAGGAAGAACUUAUUCUGUGCAAGAUCAGCAGGGGCUACUGAUGCUAACUGGUGCACUUUUUGAUUCAUUAAAUGGUGUUCUCGGGAAAAAUUUACAAAUUGCAAAUGUAUUUGAGGCAGAAAUCUCUAAUAAGGACAAAAAAAUUCACAAUGAUUUUGUUAUUGACUCUGCUUUACCUGUAGCGACAUUGAGUAUUUACUAUGGACCAGAGCAGGGCCUUGAUGAACUGGUACUGAAUUCUUCUGAGUCAUACAUGAUGACCAAGGACUUUGAAGAAUGGGAUAAAAGCAAUAGAUAUUUGGCACAAACUCUUCAAGAGGGUUUGUGGACGAUCAGUCUCACAUACAAUUCCAUAAACAAGUAUGCUGCAGUGUUUGUCAGCAGUGGUUUACAGACUUCUGAACUGAAGACUAAUGCCAAAAUACGUAUGAUGUGCUGGCAUAAUGCAGAGGCAGGUCCCGUAAAUACUAACCUUAAACCUGUAGCAGUUUAUGCUACUGUAUCUAACGAAGAUCAUCAUUUUGUAUUUGACUUGAACGUAAGUGCUACUCUAUAUGCACCAGAUGGAACUAUGACAAAAAUAGACCUUUGGGAUAAUGGUUCGGGAGCAGAUGAGGUGAAAAAUGAUGGUACUUACAGUCGUUUUCUGGCAAUUAUCUCCAUGACUGGGAGGUACACUCUGAAAUUCGAAGCAAUUGGGAUGUACAGGACAACAGUUGAAGGAUCUGAAAAAAUGUCUUCUGAGGUUAAGCCAUUCUCCAGGAUCUGCAGAACUAACUCUUUUAAGGUAAUAUCUGCUGAAAGCAUUUAUCCUCCCUCAUGCAUAAAUGACUUGAGGAUUGUGGAAAGCAAUAAAACAUUUGUUAACAUUUGCUGGACGGCUCCUGGGAAAAACUUGGACUGGGGAAAAGUUGACAAAUACAUCAUUAAAUACAUAAGGAUGGAGUCAUGUCCUCAUAUGUUCCAAACCAAUUUGUCAGUGUGGACUGCAGAAGUUGUUGCACCAGUUUUGACACAACCUUCUGGAAAACCUGAAUGCCUUGUUUUAAAUUAUACACCCUAUCUUUCCCUCAAUACUUGUCUCUGUCUUUCUAUGUAUGCCAAAGUUGAGGAGGGUUUGUCAGGUCCACUGUCAAAUGUUGUUCAGAUAUAUUGCCCAACAAUAAAUGACACUAAAGAAAACUCAUCAUUGGAAGAGACACCAUUCUUCCAAACAAGUGAUACAUGUUGUACAGAGGAAAGCACUGUUACUACUAUCAGUGAUACGCCCCGUAGCUCAGUUAUUUCAGAAACUGUCAAUGAUCAAUCAUUGUGGCCAAAUAAAUCAAGAAAUGAGACUGGAAUCAAAAUUCAGGAAACAAGUAACUUUCCAUUUGUACCCUUAAUAACUGUGAUUGUGAUUUUGUUCAUUAUUAUAGGUGGUCUUUUAAUAUUGAGGAAAUGGAACAAACUAAGACAUGUCUGUGUCUCUCAUUCUUACAAUGUAUAUCGUGCUAAGUAUAAGCAAAGGAAGUCCCAUCUUGUAACAUAUACAUCAGUUGAGUCUGUUUCGCCUGAAGCAACAGAUUAGUAAAAUAUCUGAAUUGCACUACUACAAAAAUAAACAAAAGUAAAUAAAGACUUUUUUCGUUCUCAAUCCUCUAGAGAUUUUACUAUGAAUGACUGUUUCUUAUAAAUUGUA